AUAUGUAGCUCCUGAAUAUGCAAAUUCUGGUCUUUUAAAUGAAAAGAGUGAUGUUUAUAGCUUUGGGGUUGUGCUUUUGGAAGCAAUUACAGGAAGAGAUCCAGUGGACUAUGGUCGUCCUGCUCAAGAGGUGAAUCUUGUUGAUUGGCUGAAAAUGAUGGUUGGAAGCAGGCGCUCGGAGGAAGUAGUGGACCCUAACAUUGAAACCCGUCCAUCAACAAGAGCACUAAAACGAGCCCUUUUAACUGCUCUGAGGUGUGUUGAUCCAGAUUCUGACAAAAGACCUAAGAUGAGCCAAGUUGUCCGUAUGCUUGAAUCAGAGGAAUAUCCCAUACCAAGAGAGGACCGAAGGCACCGAAGAGCUCAAGCAGGUAGCAUGGAGAUUGAAUCCCAGAAGGAGAAUUAUGAUUCAGAUAAGUGUGACAAUCCAGAUCCAAGCUCAGAGAGCAGGAGGAACUACAGAACAUGA